AAUUUUUAAUAUUUGAGAGCAUGAGGUUGUAUGAAUAUUCCUUUUCAGAUUCAAAAAGGCAAGUGGGAAAAUAUUGUGAAGACUGUAUAUAUCACCGAUAUACCAUGUACUGGACGAUUUGUAUUGGUUAGACAACUGGUCUUUUGCACUGGAACUCGGCCGCGUACAUACAGACCUACAGACUUGGCAGAAUCUGUUAUGUACUAUUUGUCUGCUGUCGUUAUCAGUAAGAAGUCCUCAAAGGGACCAAGUCCUCUACAUGUUCCCUGAGUUUGUCAAAUCAUCAAAACCGACUUCAAGAGCAUUAUCAGAUUAGAUAGCUCAAAGAUUACCCACUAUAUCAUCUUUCGUUUCAUAUUCACACGCCAUUGUCACUAUCUUAAACGCAACCUCCUCUAUAUAUACCCUUCUAAUUCUCCUCAAUCGCUCCAAGCCAACAAAAUAUGUUAAGUCAGUAAUACCAAUAUUAUACAUUCUUACAAUUAUUAUUUUCAUUGCUAAUACAUACAUACAUACAUACAUACAUACAUAAUAAUUAUGAGUCAAAAAUAUUCUAGUAGUACUUGUUUUAUUCUUCGUUUUAUCCUUGUACUCCAUACGUUUGCUUAUUCCGGCGAUUCACGGCGGCCGUUUGCAUGCGACCCAGCAAAUGCAGGGACACGAAACCUGCGUUUCUGCAAAGCGUCGCUGCCAAUACACGUGCGUGUUCAGGACUUAAUAGGACGAUUAACAUUGCAGGAGAAGAUUAGAUUGCUGGUGAACAAUGCUGCACCAGUGGAAAGGCUUGGUGUUAAUGGCUAUGAGUGGUGGUCGGAGGCACUUCACGGCGUCUCCAACACCGGCCCUGGUGUUAAGUUUGGUGGCGCCUUCCCUGGCGCCACCAUCUUCCCUCAAGUCAUUACUACUGCGGCUUCCUUUAACGCCUCCUUGUGGGAACAAAUUGGCCGGGUGGUUUCUGACGAAGGAAGAGCCAUGUAUAAUGGAGGAGCAGCAGGACUAACAUUUUGGAGUCCAAAUGUAAAUAUAUUAAGAGAUCCAAGGUGGGGACGGAGCCAAGAAACACCAGGUGAGGACCCUCAUUUGGUUGCACAAUAUGCCGUUAGCUACGUAAAAGGACUACAAGGAGGAGGCGGUAGUGGCAAUACCCGCUUGAAGGUGGCCGCUUGCUGCAAGCAUUACACUGCUUAUGAUCUUGAUGAUUGGAAUGGCUAUGAUCGCUACCACUUCAAUGCUAAGGUAAGCAUGCAGGACUUAGAGGACACGUACAAUGUGCCAUUCAAGGCAUGUGUGGUUGAAGGUAAUGUAGCGAGUGUGAUGUGCUCUUACAACCAGAUCAACGGAAAGCCAUCGUGUGCUGACCCUACUCUCCUCCGUGACACAAUUCGUGCCCAAUGGCACCUUAACGGAUACAUCGUAUCAGAUUGUGAUUCUGUUGGAGUUCUAUUCGAUAUGCAACAUUACACCCGUUUCCCUGAAGAUGCUGCAGCGGACACUAUUAAAGCUGGGUUGGAUUUGGACUGUGGGCCUUUCCUAGCCAUCCACACAGAGCAGGCCGUACGUACAGGCAAAGUUUCAGAAUUGGAAAUCAACUAUGCUUUAGCCAAUACAAUUACGGUCCAGAUGCGUCUAGGAAUGUUCGAUGGGCCAAAUGGACCUUAUGCAAAUUUGGGGCCACGAGAUGUCUGCACUCCCGCCCAUCAACAGUUGGCCCUGCAAGCUGCUCGUGAAGGCAUAGUUCUUCUCAAAAAUAUUGGACGGGCUCUCCCACUGUCCCCUCAGAGACACCGGACUGUUGCUGUUAUUGGGCCCAAUUCAGAUGCUACACUUACCAUGAUUGGCAAUUAUGCUGGUGUUCCAUGUGGUUAUAUAUCUCCAUUACAAGGAAUAUCAAGAUAUGCAAGGACAGUUCACCAGCAGGGAUGCAUGGGAGUAACUUGUCCAGGGAAGCAACAAUUUGGAUUAGCGGAAGUGGCUGCGAGGCACGCGGACGCCACUGUGUUAGUAAUGGGGCUUGACCAAUCCAUCGAAGCAGAAGCUAGGGACAGAGUUAGCCUUCUUCUGCCAGGAUACCAACAGGAACUCAUUUCUAGGGUAGCUAUGGCUUCUAGAGGCCCCGUAGUGUUGGUUUUGAUGUCCGGCGGCCCCAUCGAUGUUACAUUCGCCAAAAAUGAUCCUCGUGUUUCGGCUAUUCUUUGGGCUGGCUACCCGGGCCAGGCUGGUGGAGCUGCCAUUGCUGAUGUUCUAUUUGGGACAGCCAACCCAGGGGGGAAGCUUCCAAUGACAUGGUAUCCACAAGAUUAUGUAGCUAAAGUGUCCAUGGCAAACAUGGACAUGAGAGCAAAUCCAACAAGAGGCUAUCCUGGUAGAACCUACAGAUUCUACAAAGGCCCCACGGUAUUCCCAUUUGGGGCUGGCUUUAGCUACACAAGAUUCAGCCAGCACUUAGUCUCCGUGCCAAGCACUGUUUCAGUGCCAACUCUUCAUUCUCAUCUUGUAACGAACAUCACAACAACAUUAAUGAAAAAGAAAGCAGUGAGAACAAUUCAUACCAAUUGUGAGUCACUUGAUUUAAACAUGCACAUUGAUGUGAAAAACAUGGGGGACAUGGAUGGAACACACACGGUCCUCAUUUUCUCAACCCCACCUGAUCACGCGGAGACAAAACAAUUAGUCGCAUUUGAGAAAGUUCAUGUCGUGGCUGGGUCUAAGCAGAAAGUCAAGAUCAACAUGAAUGCCUGCAAACACCUUAGUGUAGCCGAUGAAUACGGAGUUCGAAGAAUUUACAUGGGAGAACACAAAAUCCACGUUGGUGACGACCUCAAACAUUCUAUAACCUUCCAACCUUCAUUGGAGGAGAUCAAAGUCUAAGAAUACUUUUAAGGACUAAGUCAUAUCUAGUCAUGUUUUGGUUUCAUUUCUUGCAAUUAAUAGUUUUUACUUAUUUCCUUCCCCUCAGAAUUAAAGCCAACAACAAGUGUAAAAAGGCUCUGUUGAUUGGAAACGAGAGGGAAAGGUUAAGAAUAAUAUUAGAGAUUUGUGGGAUAUAAUUAAGAAAAAAAUUAUAGCAAGUGUAUUGAUUGGGUUCAACAUAAUCAAAUGUGACAUAGAAGAAGUUGUAAUCAUUUAAAAUUUAUUUGACUUAAAUUCAUAAAUAAUUCAUAUUA